AAUUAAUCCGGAUGGCGAAUGCGGAUCGCACGUUUUUUUUUGCUUCGGGUAGGUAUCCGUACCGGUACCGUAUCGAUAUCCCGGGCGAGUCGAGUGACGUCCUAGUCCUAGACACAAACCGGCUCAAACGACUUACCUUUCUUCGUCUCUUGACAGGCUCCGGCUGACUUUUUUUAAAUUGUUGAUUCUCAGUGGCCAUAUUUGGCUGUAUUUAUAGGAAUGGACUACGAAUUCAAGCAGCAGACCUCACAGGUGCGGGAGUCCGUGGAAGACCUCUUUGACUUCGAGGGGUGCAAAGUUGGCAGGGGAACUUACGGACAUGUCUACAAGGCCACCACCAAGAAGGAACCCAAGAAGGAAUAUGCCCUGAAGCAGAUAGAAGGCACAGGAAUAUCCAUGUCUGCAUGUAGGGAAGUAGCUUUACUCAGGGAAUUACGUCAUCCGAACGUGAUCUGUCUACGAAGGGUCUUCCUCUCUCACAGCGAUAGAAAGGUGUACCUCCUUUGCGACUUCUCAGAACAUGACCUAUGGCAUAUCAUCAAGUACCAUCGGGCAAACAAAGCAAGCAAGAAGGGUCCUACAUCAGUGCCGCCCAUCAUGGUUAAGUCUCUCCUCUAUCAAAUCCUUGAUGGAAUCCAUUAUCUUCAUUCUAACUGGGUGUUACAUCGGGAUCUUAAACCAGCUAAUAUUCUUGUAAUGGGUGAAGGUCCUGAAAGGGGAAGAGUAAAAAUAGCUGACAUGGGUUUUGCAAGGUUAUUCAACUCGCCUCUCAAACCUCUAGCUGACCUUGACCCUGUGGUGGUGACCUUCUGGUACAGAGCGCCAGAGCUUCUACUAGGGGCCAGGCACUACACAAAAGCAAUAGAUAUAUGGGCUAUAGGCUGUAUAUUUGCAGAAUUACUAACUUCUGAACCCAUCUUCCACUGCCGUCAAGAAGAUAUUAAAACCAGCAAUCCUUAUCAUCACGAUCAACUAGACAGAAUAUUCAAUGUCAUGGGCUUCCCACAAGAGAAAGAUUGGGAGGAUAUAAAGAAGAUGCCUGAACAUGGUAAUUUGAUGAAAGAUUUCAGAAGAUCAAAUUAUGCCAGCUGCUGUUUGCCUAAAUACAUGGACAAGCACAAAGUGCCCAAGGACAGCAAAGCAUUCCAACUGUUAUCGAAGCUUCUUACCAUGGACCCCACCAAGAGGAUGACAUCGGAGCAAGCUAUGGAAGAUCAGUACUUCAAAGAGCAACCACAACACACAGCUGAUGUGUUUGAUGGAAAACCAAUCCCUUACCCUAAAAGAGAAUUUCUCACUGACGAUGACAACGAUGACAAGUCAGACAACAAUAAGAAAUCGUCCUCCAGUCGCAACUCUACCCACCGACAGCGUGUCGCUACCUCCAUGGCGGGCUCCACCUCACAGCAAGGAAGUACGGGGGGAUCUUCAAGCCACGCCCAGGGAGCGAAGCGGCUGAGGGUAGCACCAACCAACACCUCCAGCCAUGGGGGAGCUCAGGCAGGGAUCAUGCCCCAGGAAUACCAGCAACAACAGAGAAUGUCUGGCUAUCAAGGGGGUAACACGACACAAGGAGGCCAGUCUCAGAACAACAAACCUCAACAAGGAAUGAUGUACUCCUCGUCCGGAUCGCAUCACUCCAAUAAGAUGCAACACGGCCAGCACCACCAACAUCAGCAGCAACAACAGCAGCAGCAGCAACACCACCCGCAACAUCAUCAAACUCACCAUCAACAUCAACAACCGCAUCAUCAAGGACACAACCAACAACGGCAUUAUUGAAGUUAACUUUGAAGGCAUCUGUAGAACACUUUAUUUUUUUUCACUUAAUUGAUGGUUUUGCUCUGCAAAAUGGUGCAACAGACGGAGGUAAUCUUCAGAACAGCAGCAACAAAAUCAACAACCUCAUCAUCAAGGACACACCCAACAAUGGCAUUAUUAAAGUUAUAGAAAACUUGAUAUUUUUUUCUGGCUGCUGGUCUGCUAAAUGGUACAACACGUGUAUGCCUUCUUCAGAACAGCAUCAGCAACAUCAUCAACCACAUCAUCAAGACAUCAACAACUGCACCAUCAUAAACACAACAAACAAAGGCAUUAUUAAUGUUAGCUUUGAAGGAAUCAAUGCAAAGACAGUGAUGUUUCUCUUGGGUUGGUGAUGUUGCUCUCCAAAAUGGUCCAACACACGGAGGUCAUCUUCAGAACAGCAGCAACAUCAUCAGCAGCAACAUCACCAACAUCAUUAUUAACAAAGAUAUCAACUCCAUUCCCUAAAGGAACUAGGAGAUUCUAGACUGCUAGGAAACUUGGGGCCGGACAUUAUGAUUCAUGUAUUAUAUUUAUCAUUUAAAAAAUGACCAAGUAGAAGAGAUAGCAGAAAGCAAAGGACCUGCCACCUCCAACCAACAAUUUUUAUAGUCACCCAAAUAAAAUUUUGAUAUUUUUAUUUUCUUGAAAAAAAAACACUCCCUAAGCUUUGCAAUGACAUUAUAUAAAAAAAGCAUGUUGGAAUUGAUCAACAAAUAACCCACACAAUGCUUCAUUCACUGUAGAAGAAAUUCAGUGAGAGCAUGAAAAAAAGAAGAAAGCAAUGAUUGAUGUUUGGGGUUCACUCAAUCAUAAGAGUUUCACACUGUGUAAUCUCUGUGAAACUUCGAAGCAGUCUGGAAAAAAGUGGUGUCAAACAAUCUCUUGUAUCUUGCCUUUUACUUAACUGUACCACUUGUUGUUAUUCUUACUUUUUGAUGACAAAAUUAUUAUUUUGGCUAUUUACAGCGAAGCUUCCCUAUUGACUUGUUGAUUUUGGAGUUAGGGGUCAUACAUGAAUGGUAUAGACAUGGGCCCCGUUUUACAAAGAGUUACGAUUGAUGCGAUCAAUCGUAACUCUUUGUAAGACGCGGCCCUGAUAAACUAAUUUGACAAACCAAGAAAUAAAAUUGACAGGUAAAAGACUAAUUGCCAUCACAAUCAUGUCAAAGAACAUCACUAUUCAUUUAUUGAUUUCUAUUACAAUUCAAAGCAGUAGAAGCUUUGUAAUAUGCCAUUUAUUAUUUCUGACAAGUUUUGUGAAAUCGGGCCUGUGCCUAUCUCCUUACCACUUCCAUGUACACGUAUAAAACAGAUUGAAUUUCAAAAGGACUCUCAUGGUCAUAUUUCCUGUACAUCAUGGGGCCGUUUAAAAAUGGAUACCUUAAAAAAAUCUGAUAUGCAGCAUUAAGCGGGAUUCCAGCUCAGCGUCUUUUUCUUUCCUCCAAUGUCUACAUACAUGUAGCAAAGCUCUGGAUGGUAAACAUUGAUGCAAUCCGGUGGAUUCACAAUACGGUGCGCCAUCUAUGGGCUGCAGCGGACAGGCCAAUUUCUAGCUUCGGGGUAAACAUCGCGCGCAGGCAUAGGCAGCAAACAGUGCUGGUACUAUAAUGUGAUCAUGAUGUUUAAAAAAUGAAAGCCAUACUGCAAAAGCGGAGGAAGAAUUCCUCGAAAACGGUCUAAAUUUCGCAAAUAAAUAUACAGCAAAUUUCUCUCCCACUUCCUGGACUGAGGUAAACAGCAUAGUUUAGUGCAAGCCGGUCAAACCACGUCGGCCAGGUGAAGAGUGUAGUGGUUUCAUGGUGCACCACAUUUUCUUUCGUCGGAAUAUUGAUUUACUUAGCUUCACAAGUAAAAAAAAGGAAUUAUUACGGAUAGUGCAAGGAAUAAAAUUUUAUUCCUAAUUCACAUCUAUCUCCUCUGCUAUCAAUUCCAUUUCUCACCUUGCCAUUUUGGUUCUCUGAUAUCGGUUCAUCAUUAUUGAAGUGCUCUUAUCUCUUUUAAGAGAUAUUCUCCAUGCUUGUCUAGAUUUUAAAGAACAAAACCCCAAGGAAAAGUUACCUUGUGUGAAAACUCAAAAAUCAAAGAAUAAGGUUUUUAGAAAAAAAUGACAUAUAUUAAGCAUUAUAUAUGACAUAUAUGAGCCUUUGAAUGUCAAGAUCACUAGUGCUAUAAAGAUCCUGUUAUUGACAAUGAGACGACAAAGAUUUUUGAUGUCACACAGGAACAACUCUCCCCUUUAUAUACUGAAAAUAAACCCCCAAAAUGUAGUAAAAACUUUUUGUCCAUUAUAUAUUUUUUGUCAUCCAAUGAAAUGAACACUUGCUGUACGGAUGGAGUUGAUAAAAGUUACCAUUUUAAGUGAAAUAUGUACAAAAGGCCAGAGGCAAAGCGGGCUUUGCCGAAGAAUUUCCGGACAGAAAUUAUAAAGAAUUUCAUUUUUUACUGUAAAUUUUCACACAAUUCACUAAAAUUCUACACAAAAUCCUUCAAAUUUACUUUAAAAAAUACAAAAGCGCCCUAAUGAUAAGCUUGAUCGCUUCGCUCCCCCGCCUUUGAGUUGUUGUUUU